GUUCAAGGUAUCGUCCACGAGUUUAACUCGGAGCAGUGGACGCUGUCAUUCAGCUUCAGCGCCGGUGGCCAGUCAGUUUGUCUCACAGAAGACCGUUUUAAAUCUAAGAAGCCAUGGGAGAGUGGGGAUUCCUGUCCACUCUGCUUCAUAAGGUGCAGACCCACUCCACUGUGGUGGGAAAAGUCUGGCUUAGCGUGCUUUUCAUCUUCAGGAUCAUGGUGCUUGGAGCGGGAGCCGAGAAGGUUUGGGGUGAUGAACAGUCCAAAAUGGUUUGCAACACCAAGCAACCUGGUUGUAAGAACGUCUGCUACGACCACGCCUUCCCCAUCUCGCACAUUCGGUUCUGGGUUCUCCAGAUCAUCUUCGUCUCCACGCCAACCCUGGUCUACCUCGGCCACGUCAUCCAUGUCAACCACAAAGAGAAAAAGCUGAGAGAAUACAUGGAAGCCCACCCCAGCCGGGGGAUUGUGAAGGGGCCAAAGUACUCUGACGAAAAGGGGAAAGUCCAGCUCAAGGGCAACCUGCUGGGAAACUACAUGACCUCCAUCUUCUUCAGAAUCCUCCUGGAGAUAGGCUUCAUAGUGGGGCAGUAUUACCUGUACGGGUUCAUCAUGGAGCCGCAGAUCGUCUGCUCCCGGGCGCCAUGUCCCUUCACCGUCGAGUGCUUCAUGUCUCGGCCCACGGAGAAAACCAUCUUCAUCAUCUUCAUGCUGGUCAUGUCCUGCGUCUCGGUGGUGCUCAACGUGGUGGAGAUCUUCUACCUGGCGUGCACCAGGUCGUCCAGGCGGAAGUCCAAAUCGGUGCAGACAACGGCCAUCGCCAUCCACCCGCGUUUCACCACCGACAGCAUGAUGAAGAACGAGAAGCUCGGCCUCCAUGACUCCAGCACGGCUUGAGGGACGACGUUCGGUAGAUCCACCGAGUCUGUUGGCGGCAGGGCGGGAGAAGCGGUGACUGCGCUGCAAAAACACAAAAUAUUACCCAGCGUUUUUGGUUUGUUUUUUAGUGCAAAUAUUGUUAUUUUAAAUGUUUUGAGUGUACUAAGAUAUUUCCACUAGAGACUAAAUAAAAAUACUUGGUCAGAUUUUGUGUUUUUGAAGUGUACAAAGGUUAAAUUGUGAGAAGAAAUUCCCCGUUUGUACGACUACAGUUACAGAAUACAGUGCUGUUAUUUAUGCUGGUAUUAAAUUACUAAACAUAUGCAAAUUUGGAGUUCUAGCUUGUUCCUGUUUGAUUAGUAACAAACUUAAAUAUCUAGUAGUGUUGAUGUCAAUGAGAUUGUGAAGAAAAAAUUGUUUUAUUUGGUGUUUGCUUUGUGUUUUGUACAUAUUUGUAUGGGGAUCACAGCUCUUCUGCAGGAAGCUGCAAAUGUUUGUUUUUUAAAUCUAUUUGUUUGCUCUACAAGACCUGAUUAUACAUUUUUUGCAAA